AUGAGUCCGAAGACAAGUGUCGUAGCAAAUGGUACGACGAAUGAGAACAGCCACAAUGACAGUGCCAGUACCAUUCUUACGGAAUCACACCCUCUUUACAACCACAAGCACCGAGUUGAACCCGAACUCAAUAAAAAAGAGGAGUAUCCAAGGUGGAUUGGUCAGAAAUUCGAACCUGACGGCCGCCUGCUGUCGUUCCCAGGAAACACAGUCAUCUGCCACCUUUCGCCGCAAAGUGAGCUGCAUCAUGCACUGCAAGGUCUCUACAAAGAGCUUAAAGAGGGAGAAUUUGCUUCGCUUCAGGCUCUGUUGCCACCCACAAGCUGGCAUAUGACAAUUUUUGAAGGAGUUUCGGACAAAAUGCGCAAGCACGGUGUCUGGCCAGACAAUUUGCCUCCCGAUGCGUCGCUGGACGGUUGCAAUGCAUUGUUCAACCAAAAGCUUGCUGCCUUCGAUCUCGAAACCGAGCCACCUUUUCGAAUGGCGGUAUAUGGCUUUGAACCCCUUGAAGAUGGUGUCGCUUUACGGGUUGUACCAGCCAGCCCUGCGGAAGAACGAAGGCUGCGUCGUCUCCGUGAUCGCCUGUCUAAAGUCCUUCAGACACGCCAUCUAGGCCAUAAUCACUAUUCCUUCCACGUCAGCGUGUCAUAUAUGCUGCGUUACCUGAGCCAGGAGGAGCAUGAAAAGUUCUGGACCUUUCUGCAGGAAUAUCUUUCCAAGUUGCCAGAGUAUUUCGAGCUCGGAGCGCCCGAAUUCUGUACCUUUGAUGAUAUGUUCGCAUUCCGCAGGGAAUUCUUCCUCCAGAAACAAUCUUGA